GUGACACAAAAAGCUCCCGCUUGGAGCCGAGCGCCUAGCGGCGGUGUCCGACCGGGAGCGCCGAGGGCGGCGGGCAGGUGGGGCGCCUCCCGAAGGACCGAGCCGGGAGCCGGGGCUGCAGGCGCCGACGCCGCGCUCCCCGCGCCCGCCCCGCAGCCCGCCGCGCGCGUCUGGCCGAGCGGGUGGCGGGCGCGCCGGGACCACCCCGCGAUGCUGCCGCCGCCGCCGCCGCCGCCGCCUCUGUAGGGAGCGCCCGAGCCCGUUGCAAUGAGAGAAAUGAACACACUUGAGUAUGCUCUAUGUCCGUGAGCUCCCCAGUCACCUGACGACUUUGGAAAGACAAGAAGGAAGGCGUGGGAGUGCCGGCCCCUGAACACAAGCUCCUUGCCCUUGGCCUUGGCCCUCCUGCUUCCCGGCCACAGGCACGGCCGCGAUGGAGACGCUCUCCCAAGAUUCCUUGCUGGAAUGUCAGAUCUGUUUCAACUACUACAGCCCCCGGCGAAGGCCCAAGUUGCUGGAUUGCAAACACACCUGCUGCUCGGUGUGCCUCCAGCAGAUGAGGACAAGCCAGAAGGACGUGAGGUGCCCCUGGUGCCGGGGCAUCACCAAGCUGCCCCCGGGCUUCUCCGUGUCGCAGCUCCCCGACGACCCUGAGGUCCUUGCGGUCAUCGCCAUCCCGCACGCGUCCGAGCACACCCCCGUGUUCAUCAAACUUCCCAGCAAUGGGUGCUACAUGCUGCCCCUGCCCAUCUCCAAGGAGCGAGCGCUGCUGCCAGGAGACAUGAGCUGCCGCCUGCUGCCCGGGAGCCAGCAGAAGGCCGUCACCGUGGUGACCGUCCCCGCCGAGCAGCAACCUCUGCAGGGCGGGGCGCCGCCAGAGGCGGGGGAGGAGGAGCCAGACAGGCGGGGUGUGGCGAAAAGUUCCACCUGGUCUGGGGUGUGCACUGUGAUCCUGGUGGCCUGCGUCCUUGUCUUCCUGCUGGGCAUCGUGCUACACAACAUGUCCUGCAUUUCCAAGCGCUUCACUGUGAUCUCCUGUGGCUGAACAGGGCUGCAGGGAAGUCUCUCGUGGGUGCCCACUCGGGGUUGAGCAGGUGUUGGUGAUGGGAUCGCAGCGAGAAGAUGGGGGGCGACGCUGAUCAUUUGGUGCCAGCCAUGGCCUCUGGGCUACUGCUUGGUUAACUGGAGACAGACACGAAGGGCAGACGUGAGGUCUCAGCGAGAUACCGGGCAAAUCGUUCUGAGUGUUGGUGGCAACAGCUUCGAAGACGAUUGCAUGCAUCCUCAUAAUCAUUUAUUAAAUGGACUGUAAUUUAUGAUUUGUCAAAAUCGUGUUACGAGAUAGACCUAAUCUACUUAGACGUUAAACCGUGCAAGUGCAUACAAUGUGAUCUUCUCUAAAUGUGGUAGAUUAAAACAGAGAUGCUUAUGUAUAUAAGUAGAAUUAAACCUGAGAAUCCACGUAAAAAUUCAGCGAUGACAUGCAGUGCUGGUUUCUUUCCCCUUUUUAAUGGAAAUCCAGUCUUCAUUUAGUUGCUGAGGCUUUUUAUACUUUUUGAAUGGCACUCAAAUGAAAAUAAGUGAAGUGGACGGUCAUUUUUUUUGGAGAAAACGUCUGAACAAGUGUUUCCAGUGUGUUGUGUUUUGUUACAUACCUUCAUUUUUCUUCCCUUGUAAUUAGAGCUCGCUAUGUGUUUUUUGAACUGAAAGCCCAACAGGGGAGCAAUAAACUGAGUAAUAGUGAGAAAUGCCUAAUCCCACAGGAACCCCAUAUGCCAAUUUUUCUCAAGCCAUCUCAAGAAAUAAGAAUUUUAAAUGUAAAUAUUGUGUACUUGUAUGUGUGUUCAUGUGUAUGUGUGUCAUUUGACUUACCUCAGGUUUUGAAUCUUUUCAGAAGAAUCCCAGGAGUAAGACUUUGUGGGCCUGAAUGAGUCCAGGGUCUGACUCGGUGGCCACCUCUUGGGCACCGGGAUCUGCCCAGUGAAGUGUCGCAUACCCGUCACUUCCAACAUUUGCUCCUCUUCUGUGUAUUCAAGUCCUGUAUUCUGUGAGGCACAAAUGGAAAGUAACAGAAGAUUCUGUCUUUUCUCCCAGUUUGGAGGUAUUGUAAUAGACGUGAGCGUUGUUCAUCGAUGACAAACCUGGACUGACAUUUUAAUAGACAGUCCAUGAUUGCUUUUUGAAAGAUGUUCCGUGAAAGUUAAACCAUUAGGAUUCCAGUUUCUUCUUGUUGGUAUAAGUGAGAAAAUCUCUUGUAUUUCAAAAUAUGUUUUUAUUGAGAAAAGUGACAAGAUAAACUAACAACUCACAUUCCCAAUCUAAGUGGAUCAGUUCAUCAUAAAUUCUCAAAUACUCUUAAGUGUGCAGUGGUCUACAGACCCUGGUGAAGAAAGGUCUGCUGGCGUUAAGUGGUAAAUUCCUGUGCCUGGAUGUGUGUGUGUUCAGAAAAAGCUGUGAGCUUUACAAUUCUCUUCUAAUUUCUUUUAUGGAAUUCAUGAAGCAAGUGUAUUUGAGAGCUCAAAGUAGAAAUCAGGUUAAAAUGCCAUUUUAUUGUGUAAGCUAUUGGGCAUUAUACAACAAAUAAUCUAGGAUUUAUUUGGUAUUAACAAUUUAGGUAUCAUAUUAGCUGAAUACUAUUCUCUAUUACGUAACAUAAUGUACUGUUGGGUUAGUGUUGAUUUCUCAAACUCUGCCAGGCUGCCGUGAUGCAUGUCUGACCUAAUUUCUAUUCCUCUCGGAGGAAAAAACCCCACAGGAAAUGUUGCAUUAAGAAUGCUACAUUUCAAAUGGACUUGACCCUUGCAAUUUUCAGCCAGGCCAUAUUUGAGUUAAUUUUGUGAAUGAUAUCUACAUCUGUUUAUGUACAGUAUGAAAUGACUGGCCCUGUAGUGUAGUAUGUCCUAGAGUUCUACGUGUUAAGUAGGUUGUACAUAGACACUAAUGUGCGUGGUGAUAGAGCGCCCUGUGUUUCUUAGUGCAAAGCCGUAGAGUAAAAAUGUCCACGUAACUUAAAAACUAUCCCAUGCUAGAGCUGCAGUGAAGCAGUGCAAAAUUAAUCGGCUCUGUGAUAGAUUCUUGACUUUACAAUUUAAGGUAACAGUAACACCAAAAUCAGAAUUUUGUGUGUGCAUCUUACUGACCUAAGAAAUCUUGUUUAAAUGGAUUCUGCCUGCAGUUAUUUGUGCAUUGCUUGUUAAAGUGUGCAGUUGUGCACACGUGUGUGUGUGUGUUUGUGUGCGUCCUAUCUCAGCCUGCAGAUAGAAUUUUUGUAGACUUGAUGUUUUCAUGCUAGUUGGCAUCCCAUCCUGCUGGCCUCUUCUGGCAUUUCCCCACGACACUAGCAAUUCAUCUACCCCGUGUGACAAAAGUCCAGUGACACAAUCAACCGGAAUUCACAGUUGCACAUCAAUGAAAAAAAUCACAACUGAAAGCACAGAAAUUCAGAGCUGAAAGCAACCUCUGGUGGCUUCAUUUUGUACAUGAAUCCAUGGAGGCCCACAGAGGUAUGUGGCCCCUUAUAAUUCUGCAGCAAAAGGGAGACAAGAACUACAUUAUAGUUUCUCUUGCUCCUUCCUAGGCCUGUUGAUAUCUCUAUUGGGCUAUGGUCUUUUGGAGAGUGGAUGAAUUCCCUUAACUAAAUAGUGUUUUAGUUUUUUGUUUUUUGUUUUUUAAAUAUAUAUAUCUGUUUUAGUUAGCAUCUACCUUUCUGGGAAAUGAAAGGAGGGUUGAUUUAAGGAUGAGUAUAGACAUUUAAGAAAGAUGAUGUGAUUUGAAUUUUUAAAAUUGCAAACCAUUUGCCCCCCCCGUUAUGUAAAGGACAAUGAGUGUUGUGUAAAUAGUAAACUUUAAGAAGCAUGAUUCUCUUCUUUAUUAAUGAUCUUGACAUAAGCGCGAGAAUGCUUAAUAUGUUACGUAGAGCCAACCGAGUAUGCUCUCAAAAAGCAUUGUCUUUGGGAGAUUUUUGUAUAAUGACCUGGGGCGUAAGUUGUGAUGAAAAGGCAAAUUGGUUCUCCGUUUCAGUCAUACUUUAUGACUAGAAAGCUAAAAGGUAUUUUCUUUAAGAAUAUAAUUAAGUUCAGUCUCGAGCGUGACUUAAAAGUAGGUCCAUUGAAGGUUAACCCAUGUGCUGGUGCAGCCUUUGAGAUCUAGUCUGUUCAAUAGAUCUUUCUCCAAUGAUGGAAGUGUUCUAUGACCUUUGCGGUCCAAUAUAGUGGCCACUGGCCACAUUGGCUAGUGGGCAGUUGAAGCGGGGUUAGUACGACUGAGGAACUGGAUUUUGUAUUUUAUUUCAUUUUAAGUUAUUUAAACAUAGUCACUCACUUUUGGCUGUGGCCACCAUAUCGGAUCGUGUAAUUCUGGAGGGUUGCACAGUAGGAUCGAACAUGAGAGUGUUAACAGAGUAAGGCUAGGAAGACAGUUUGUGGUUUAGUAACAUGCAGUUGGCUAAAAAAAAUCCUUUCUGGGCUUAAAAAGUAGAUCUCAAGUAUGACGAUUAAAAUUCAUUGAUUGAAAAAAUAAAAUUCAUCGAUUGCCCUUUGGGGUUAUUACUUCCAGACUUUGGGCCAAAGAAUGGUCAGUGAAGCUUAAAGAGUGUUUUAUGAAGCCCCUUUUCUGGGAUCAGUAGCUGCAUGUGAAUCGAUUGUCCAGAAAUAGUAGUUAGACAGUAGCUGCAAAAACUUCUGACUCGCAAGCUACGCGUGACCCGUACUCUGAAACUGUGUUUAGGGUCUUAGGCCAAAAAGUAAAUGUUACAGAAAAACAAAACAAAACAAAAGCCUAAUGAAAUUCCUCUUCACUUCGAGCAUCUUACCCAGACUUCAUCACUGCAUGAGUAAGGUGUGAAAUGCAAGAGCAAUCAUGUUCUGCAGUGUUCAUAGAGGGUUUUUGUUUGCCCCUGAAGUCUGCCGGCUCGUCGUCGUGUUUGGUGUGGGCACAUGUGGGCAUCCUUUUUCGAAUACCAGACUACAACAGAGGUACUAUUUUUAGAGUGAGAUUGGACACUUGUCGUCUUGUUUGGCUUUUCCUUUUAUCCCUUGUCCCUGAACAAACUGCCAAUUUGCAGCCUUGCACAAAGACAUGUUUUUUUUUUUUUACAUUAAAAAACGUUGCCCAUGGAAUUUAAAGACUUGAGGGUUGUUAAAGUUACUAAAAUUGCUUUUUAAGUGAGUAAAGGAAAGCAGAAAAUUCAGUUUGAGGUAUAUUUUCAUAGAAAGAUGAGACUCUUCCUGGUACUAUGGUAUUUAUUAUGGUCUAGAUUUUGAUUUGAAGAGUUACCGUUGCUUUAUUUGAAAUCCUGUACUGUGUCAAAAUUGGCUAGUCUGCUUUUCAUUGUUGCUGAAUGUAACGUAAACAUGCAUUUGUGUCAAUUUAGCAAAACCUGGUGAAUUUUUUUUCUAGAACUUGUCAGUGGGCAUGACCUUUUUAGCUUUUAAAAUUGCUUAAUUCUUUUUUUUUGCCAAAAUGGUAGUUUUUCUUUAGACUUAAGAGGAAUUUAGAGGUCCAGAGGUUAUUGGUAUGAGAGGAGUGAUAUCGAAAAGGUUUGAAUUUCUAUCUUCUCCUAAAAGAAUGAUGCUGCCAAUCAGUCAGCGUUUUGUUUCCACACAAGUCGUGUCACCCAUCAGUUGAUCUGUCAUCCUUGACCUGGAAGGAGAGACUGUUCCUUGCCAUUUUCAUCACUCCCAGUAAAAGAUCACUUACAAUAUAACCCUUACCAAAACAGAAGCUCCAAAAAAGAAUGAAGGAAUCAAGAAAAUUCAGUAACUGUUGAAAGUAGUAGUCUAUCUCAAAAGCAAUGAAGAUCAGUUAAAUAUUAUUAAGCAUGAAAUACUUCUAAAAAAUAAGUGGAAAUUCAAGCCACUGAUUUUUUUUUUCUGACACGAUUCACUAUAUAUAGAUACACAUAUCUCUGUCUCAUAUAGGUAUAGACAUAUAGGUAGAUACACACACAUGACUUAGCUGUAGCAGGAGUUAAAAAAUCAAGUAAAAAAUAUUGUUAGUCAUGUUUUCCAAUUUGUGGGUUAUAUAAUGUUGAAUUUAGAUAUUAAUUUCUUAACAAAUGCUAUGGGCUGCAUACAUUAUAUCAAACCAACCACCUUUGGAAAUGUCUAGAUGAAUAAACCCCUGAGACUUCAAGCAUAUGAAGAGGUGGGUUCUACUGUAUACAUUUUAUUGGAAAGCCAUUGAUGAUCGAAGAACAUAAGCAGGUGGGGCAUUUAAUUUCUGUCUUUCAAAUGCCUUGUUUUUUGGCUCUGUUCAGGCAUCAUGGGUGGAGUACCAUUAUUCCUGAACUCUUGCAGCAUGGCUCCAGUUUUUCAGCACAAGUUUACUUGCACAGUUGGACCAAGGGAUUUUUUUUUUUUUUUUUUUCAGGAUUCACUGCCUGGGGUAUCCCACUAUGUAUAUCUCACUUAUGAUGUAGUGGUGCUUGAAAACACUCAUCUCGCUAGCUGGACUUUAUUAUUCUAGUCUAAGAUUUUUGAUAUGAUUCAUGUUAUGAUCUUUUUAGGGACAAUCAGUAAUAUUUGGGGCAAAGUACAGAGGAGUCUCUUGAAGUCUGCAACAGCAUGCAUUUUCUUUGUUUUUCCGGGGGUGCUCUCUUAUAGGUGUCCCUGUUCUUCUAGAACGCUGCUCUAAAUUCAUCACUAUGGGCUGUAGGGCUAGUAGCCUGUGUGACAAUUUUCUGUAUUCUCCCUGUGAGUUACUGGGUUAUUCCAACAAGAGUUUUCCAAAGGGGAUGUUCCAUUUUUAAUUUGACAUUUGCUUUUUGAGAAUCUGGAAGUAGACGAUUGAAUGUGAGGGUGGUAAAGUUGCAUGGGCUGUAAGAAGGCGGAAAAAGAGGAGGAAGACGUCCCCUUGAAGGGGAGCAAGGUUCGACCUCAAUCGGUGUCAUCUCUAUUUAAAUGGGAGGACAGAGUAGCUGCUGUGGUUGAGGAAACCCUGGUCUGAUUUUUCUGGCUGAACGACAGAUCUGUGGGAGCAGUGGAGAUGUGGCCUCAGGUCUAUAGCAAUAGAGAGAUGUGCUCAAGACAGUGAGAAAAUAGUUGCAUAAAAGGAGAGAAAUCUGUAAUGGGAACCUGGGUCGAGAACAAAAUAUAUAGGAGCUGAAGGUCAGUCGUGGCAGAAACCAGCUGAAGAAAGAAACACAAGGACGGCUAGGAAUAACUUAGACAAGCACAAUUAAAUCCCAGAUGUUUAAGUUGAAGACCUAUAGGGAAUGCGCUCGGCCAAUGAGAGGAUCCAAGGAGGGCCCCCCUGGGUUGUCCACACGCUAGACAAUCUCAGAGCCUGCUCUAGAGUUGGUUGCUGAGUCAUUACAGAUAAACUCUAAUAACACCCUCUUAGCAGUGGAAUGCAAUGCCCAUGCCUGUGGAUGUAUCCCGACUUGAGUAGGUUGAUGCUCUUGGGAAGACUCGUUCAAGAAUAUUUUGGUUUUCAAUCCUGGUUGUUGUCAUUUAUUAUAUUUUCUUUAUUUGACCACAUGUUCCUGUUUGCUUCACUUGACACUUGCAGGAGGGGAGGCUGGUGUCAGCUUGGGGUGGAUGCAGACUUCCCCAUCAUAAGCCAUGCGGCUGCUCUGGAGGGUUCCUGCCGAUCUUCCAGGUCCACUGGUGGGUUCCCUGGCCCUCUUGAUAACUAAUACUCCAGUCAGAUGGCUAGAUUAAUGCUGCUCAGAGGCUAACUCAAGUCCUUGACAUGUUUCAUUCACAAUUAUGUAGAUUAUUUAUUUUAGGAGCUUUUCUUUUAAAGGGCCAAAUAGCCCUACAAAUAAAUGAGCUGCUGGGCUGUGUAGAAAAUAUUGUUCAAAUGUUGCCAAAUAAUUGACUUUGUAAGGGGGAUAUCAAGCUGCUGUUUAUAAAUCUGAAUGUCUUAAAAGCAUUCUUGCUUGCUCUCUCUGGUGUAGAUGGUGUCUUAGCAAGUCCUGAGUUUUUCCAAUGAACCCAAUUUUAAUAUAUGGUAUUUUUGUAUGCCAAACUGGUGUCUUGUCCUUUGUAUAUGUGGUAAUGUUGAUUUUAUGACUACUGUUAAAACACAUUUGCUAUGAUUAAAAUUCAUAAAACGAUUUCAAAUAGACUCACGCGUUGGUU